ACAAGUGAUUUCAAAAGCAAUGACAUAAAUCUUUUAUGAUCAGAGGAACUGGACCAUCUCCAAGAACCAACCAUGUGGCUGCUCUUUAUGAUGAUAAAACCCUCCUCAUUUUUGGAGGAGCAUCAAAGUCCAAAACAUUGAAUGACUUGUACUCACUUGACUUUGAAACGAUGAUAUGGUCGAGAAUAAAGAUACGGGGUUUUCACCCAUCUCCAAGAGCUGGUUGUUGUGGAGUUUUAUGUGGAACUCAGUGGUAUAUAGCAGGGGGAGGAAGCAGGAAAAAGCGACAUGCAGAGACAUUGAUCUUUGAUGUUUUAAAGCUUGAGUGGUCUGUGGCUUGUACAUCUCUUCCGACUUCAAUCACCACCUACAAGGGUUUUAGCCUAGUACUUGUUCAUCACAAGGAGAAAGAUUUUCUUGUUGCAUUUGGAGGGUCCAAGAAGAGCCAUCAAAUCAGUUGGC